UAUAUAUACAUGUAUACAUAUAUAUAUAUACACAUAUAUAUGUAUGUGUGUGUGUAUAUAUAUUUACAGCUCUUCGUGGUGAUCUAGAUCUCUCUCUAUAUUUCCAUGCACACGUCAAUCUCUCCCUCUGCCUGCACUCCAUCUGGCAGCUUUGCGCCAGGUUCUGUUGUUAUUGUCGAUGGUGGUUGGUGGUGUUUUCUUUUGCUUUUCGGUUUGUGCCUCCUGCCCUCCCUCCCGCUACUCCCCACCCCCUUCCUCGGCACUGCCGCACUCGCCCUUUCCCCGCUCAUUGUGCAGAGAAUUUAUUAUUAUUAUUAUUAUUAUUAUUAUUAUUAUUAUUAUUAUUAUUACGAUCGCUUGAUAACAUUUGUCAUUUAGCCGCUAUCCCCGCUUCCCCCUGCGCGCGCGUGUAUGCAUGUGUGCGUGUGCGUGUGUUUUGGAUGUGGUUUUGUCUAUUGUUGGCAUGAAACCGGAGGGUGGGGGGAAAUACAUCUUUCUUCGGUGCGAGAUGUGAUUCCAUUCAGCUUCCUUCCCCCCAACCCUCCCCACCCCUUUUCCACCCCAUCAUUUCUUUUUAAACCCACAACACUUCUCAGUAGAUCCAUUUCUCAGGCUCAUUUUUCCCGAAAGAAAGAUGAAAGGCGUGUAAGUAGAGAGAGAGGAAAAGGGGUGAAGAAGAUGGAAGGAAAAAAAAAAAGAGGAAAUAUGCUACUGUAUCUCCUCUUUCCUGUGCUUUCCGGUGCCCCGGAGUGUGAUUCUGUGAGAGAUCUGGCCUUGUUUUCAUUCCAUGCGUUCAAAGCAAAGUUUGUGACUGAACUGUGUUUCUGUACUUCUGUCGUUUCUUUCUUUCCUUUUUUUUUAAGCUUGCUGCUCAUUUUAUUUCUUCAUCAAACUCCACCCUCUCCUUAAAACCUACAUACAAACCUCGAUUUAUAACCUAUUUACCGGUUCUUCUCAUUUUAGAAGUAUCCGCAGCCUGCAUCUGGCAGCGGGCUCCCCACCAUUUCCAACUGCUCUGCUAUCUCUUUUUUUCCUCCUCCUUUCCAAGAGUUGCUGUGGUUUUCCUUGAGUUCAGACUCAUUCUCGUGUAGGGAGAUUUCCUGCCCUCCUUUCCCCUCGAAACGUAUUUUCUCAGUUUAUAGUUAAAGUUUACCCUGUGACUGUCGUUAAAGAUGUCCUAGAGUUACAUCAGCGAAAUAGUCAAUUUUGCGGAGCGGGGAUUACUACUGCCUUAAUAGGUUUUAAAAUUAUAUAUUAUAUGCCACAAGAAAAGGAAUGAAGCUGCAACAGAUCUGAAAGAGCUCAUAAAUAUGAUGGCUCCAUUGGCAGCUUCAGAGGCUGUUGUUAGGCGUCUAGGAGAGUGAGGGGAAGAAAAAAAAAAGGAAGGAGGAAAAACAAAAGUGAGACUUGUGCUCGCAGUUAAACGAAAAAUAACUGCUAAGUUUACAAGCAGAUUGAAGAGGGAGAGGAGGGCUGGAGGGCAGCAGCAGAGAGGUCCGGCCCGGAAGGCGAAGAGGGCUCGUUGGGGAAGAAAAGAGAAAGUUGAGAAAAAUGUGGCACGCCGGAAAGAUGAGUGAUCUGCGUGUGCGGGUGUGUGCCAGCGAGCGUGUGCGGGUGUGCGUGCGCGUGUCUGUGUGUGCAGGGAACAAACCUGAGUAGCCGUAGCUUCCCCUGAAAUUACCUUUGUUUACAUGGCAUGGGACUGCAACCGCUGGCACUGAUGAAGUAAAACACACGCACACACCAAAAAAAAAAAAAAAACAAACAAAAAACCCAAAACAAACAAACAAACAAACAAAAACAACAAAAAAACCCCCACCACAACUUCGGUCAGCUUUCGGGACUCGAGGCAUGCUCAUGCUCUGUGUGGAGAUGGUUAAUGAAUCCAGUGUUUUUGCAGUUGCAAGCUUGUGCAUUCACUGUGCAACGCUGACUGCAGGCUUUUGCAGUGGCAACAGCUCACCAAAGAUAUUAAUUACACCGUCCCCUUUUUUUUCCACGAAUGUUUGGCUAUUGUAAGUUUGGACCUUUUGUUUUAUUUCCCCAUUUCCCGUGAUAAUAUUUAACCUUUCUCUUCCUUUUAGCAGGGAGAACUUUGCUGGGGGGGGGGAGGGGGGUCCUCUAUGGAAAGCUGUUUCUAUGUAAUAAAGUUAGCGGUGGGAAGCUGGAGGGCUGCAACCUGUUCCAGCUUGAAGGCGGUUCAGCGAGGAAGGAUGCCACCCACCCAACCCAACCCCGGCCAGUACGCCCUGACCAACGGCGACCCCCUGAAUGGGCACUGCUAUCUCUCGGGAUAUAUCUCCCUCCUGCUGCGGGCCGAGCCCUACCCCACCUCCCGCUACGGCAGCCAGUGCAUGCAGCCCAACAACAUCAUGGGCAUCGAGAACAUCUGCGAGCUGGCCGCCCGUCUGCUCUUCAGCGCCGUCGAGUGGGCCCGCAACAUCCCCUUCUUCCCCGACCUGCAGAUCACCGACCAGGUGGCCUUGCUGCGGCUCACCUGGAGCGAGCUCUUCGUCCUCAACGCUGCCCAGUGCUCCAUGCCCCUCCAUGUGGCCCCGCUCCUGGCCGCCGCCGGCCUCCACGCCUCCCCCAUGUCGGCCGACCGCGUUGUCGCCUUCAUGGACCACAUCCGCAUCUUCCAGGAACAGGUGGAGAAGCUGAAGGCGCUGCACGUCGAUUCGGCUGAGUACAGCUGCCUGAAAGCCAUCGUCCUUUUCACCUCAGACGCCUGUGGCCUGUCGGAUGCUGCGCAUAUCGAGAGCCUUCAGGAGAAGUCACAGUGCGCGCUAGAGGAGUACGUGCGGAGCCAGUACCCCAACCAGCCCAGCCGCUUCGGGAAGCUGCUGCUGCGGCUGCCCUCCCUGCGCACCGUCUCCUCCUCCGUCAUCGAGCAGCUCUUCUUCGUCCGCUUGGUAGGUAAAACCCCCAUCGAAACCCUCAUCAGGGAUAUGCUACUGUCUGGGAGCAGCUUCAACUGGCCUUACAUGUCCAUCCAGUGCUCCUAGAGCCCGUCCCGCAUCCCCGGCAGAGAGGCGGCGGAGCGGCGGAGACGGGAGCGCUCGCACCGAGGGGCAGUCGGGGUGCGGGUGGGCCCGGGAGGUGGACACUGAACAAAAGAAAGGGCCAAGUGGGAGCAGAGAUGUGGCCGUGUAGGGGAGAAGAACGGACCUCUCGUCCGUAGAGGUUGUGGUGUUUCCCUUUUUCUUAUUUUUUUUUUCAUUUGGCCUAUUUUUUUUUUGAGAGGAGGAAAAAAGAAAUAAAUAAUAUUAAUAAAGGAGACAAAAAAAAAAAUUAAAAAAAAAUGAGUAUUGAGGGGAUAUUAAUCAAACCUGAAGGGGAUACUGGAUCUUCCAGGAUUUAUUGUGGACUGUUGCUGAUAUAUGCUGUACAGUAAACCAACAAAACAAAAAAGCAUUGAAACUGAACUGAACCUUGUGUAGAAUGAAAAAAAAACCCAAAAGAAGUAAACAAAGAAAAAAAUUCUACGCGCAAACACUUACCACGAACAUUGUUACUCAUUUUGUAAUAUAUUAGUCUUUAUUUUCAUUUUUGGUAAAAGUUAAAACAUCAUACAUGCAUAAAGAAAAAAAAGAAAGGAGAAUUAGGGGAAAAUAACAUUUUCCAAAUAAUUAUAAAAAAAAUUGUCCUGUGUCUAUGUAUCUAUAUCUGUUUUGUAUUUUUUUCUGGUUCCAAACCAGGUUUCCUGUGAUUCUAUACUAAUAAUUUUUUGAUAUAACCCUUUGCUUCUUAUAAUGAGUGCGAUAUAUGUUGUCAAAACUGUUCUUCAAGAAUUAAAAUUGAAGUAAGAAUUUAAACAAAAAAUAAAAGAAUUUAGCAACCCCCCCCUACUUAUCACCCCACAAACCAUGAGUCUUGUUGUUGGAAACAUGCUAACAAUUCA